GGCGGAUGGAUAUCUAAGGUGUAUCUGAUGACAGAAACAGCCGGUGGAGGAUUUCCCAUCAAACGUUUUUAUUCUAGGACCCCGGCCUGCAGGAGCUUGCUGUUUCAGAGAGAAGCCUUGAUUCAUGGCUGAGUUCCCGUCCAAGGUUACCACGGAGACCAGCUCCCCCCACUCCCAGAGCUCUCAGCCCGGAGGAAACAGCCUUCAAGGGCUCGCCACCAGCGUCACCACCAUGAUGGACACGUCCUUCAUCCGAAGCAUCCCAGCCAUGCUCAUGAUGGCUGAAAUGUUUCUGGGGUUGCUCCACUGGGCGCUGAUCGCCAGCACAUUCUACACCGUGGUGCCAGCGUACGGCUGGGUGAUGUUCGUGGCCGUCACCCUGUGGAUCCUCACCACCAUCCUCUUCUUCAUCAUCCUGUUUGGAGUUCAGCGACAGCUGACCGUCGUGCCCUGGCCGCUGAUGGUGAUGGUGUACAACGGUGUUGCAACAGUUCUCUAUUUAACUGCCUUCCUGGCCAACGCAGCAACUGUGAGGCAGUUCAUCUACGGCUACGGACACAUAGCAGCAGCCGCUUUCUUCGGAGCUGUGGUGACAGUGCUGUAUGGAGCCAGUGCUUUCUUCUCCUACCUGGACUGGAGGGAUGACGGAGGAAACGCUGCCACCAGCACGGUGCCCACCUAGGACCCUGGAUCCAACGAUGCCCCACCUGAAAGAUCAGUUCAGCACUGAUACUCAACGCCUCCUGCUGCUGACUCUGCAAUCUUACCUGCUCUGGUAUCAAUAACAAGAUGGUUCAUAUUUUACACAGAGGUUUUCUGUGCAUUAAUUUAUGGUCAUUUAGCACUUCUACGAGGCAUCCAAUAAUCCUAGGUUUAGCAAUAUUCAUGGAAACUAAUUAAAAAUGAUAAAUAUGAAGCUACUGAAGGUCUGGCUUAGAACAAAUACUGGACACAAAUGUAAAUAAAAGCCCUGCAAGCAGCUCUUUAGACCAACCUGCUAGCAGAGAGGUAGAAAGUCCAUGUUUGACCCGGUUUUGCUUGCUGGACUAACUUCACAUCAGGGUCAGUAGCAGGCUUCCUGUGGACUCAUCCCAUCUAAGAUCCCAGGAAUAUGGCCCUGUAAAAGUGCAACUUGAUCUUACACUUUGGUUUUUAUGCAGCUCAGACAAACAAAAGGUGCUAGCAGACUGACUGUCUCCUUAAAACACCACCCAGUUGGUGGUUUCUUCUCAGGUCUCCUGCCUUUAUGAACAAGAGACAUGAAGUUGGUAUAAAGCUUCACAUAUUUUAUACAUGCUGUUUUUGAGACCUAUUGCAUGACUUUAUGGUAAAAACUUUGCUCAAAACCUGUGGUACACAAUCUCAUGCUGGUCUUCUGCCCCUGGUGGACACCUUCUGCACUACAGUAAUUCUGAAAAGGUAAUAAUUGGUACAUAAAUGCUAAUUAUUAUAUUUAUCGUUAUUAUUUUACGUUUUGUUAAAGGGCCAAAUAAAAAAAUAGAAUUUUCCGCCCAUUACAUCUUGGGUCAGGCGUUAAGGGGUUAAACCUCUGAAAAAAGAAGAAAAAAAAGGGAAAAUAUAAGAAAUGGAAAACAAUGAAAGUGGAUGAAAUAACAUAAAAGGUGUAAAAGAAAGAAUUCAUCAUGUGCUUUUCAUUAAACUGAUCUAAAUAUCACAUUUCCGCUGUGAAAUGUACAUUUUCUUACUGAACUCGAGACUACGAGACUCCCAAGUUUGGCUGCUGCUGCACGGAUGUCCCGUUUUUUCUGACCUCGCUCAAGGCAGCUGUUCGGUAAACAUCUCGUAAACAUGCUCGAACUUUGUCAUAAAACAGGUUCAAACAGAAGCUUUUCAUUCAUUUAUUUGAAAAGAUUUUUUUUACAAAGUGACAGAACAUACAUGCAGAAUGAAAACUCGUUAAAAGAAG